AUGGAUGCAUCAUCACCUUCAACAUCAAAAAUUUUACAUCAAACUCAAUUAAGAAAUUAUUUUGUUGCAGCUAAUAAUGGACAUGAGUUAACAACUGUUGUUGAACCGAAUACAAAAAUAUGUGAGUAUGAGGAUACUGAUGUCGUGGCUUCCUAUAGUGUACAUCCAGGUGUACCGAUUUCAAAUUUAAGUACAACCGAGACAACAGGUAGUGGUAGUGAUGAUGAGAAUAUUACACCACCAUGGCAUAAUGAAACGACCAUGACAAUAUCUGCAACACCAGAAAAGACAAAAAAAACACAACAACGAAAAGGUAAAUCUAUAAAAAAAUCAUUAAUACAAGAAGAAGAGGAAGAAGAUGAUGAAGAAACAAAAGUUUAUAAACAACGACUUAGAAAUCAACCACGUAAAGUUUAUAAUGAUGAUGAACCAAAACUCAAGCAAACAAUUAUUGAUGCUGGACAAAAAAUGCUCGAUGCUAUUAUAUGCAAACGUUGUGGUAUGGCUUAUUUUCCACAUUCAGCUGAAGAUAAAGCAGCUCAUGCAAAAUAUCAUAAUUAUACAACAUCUGCUAUACGUUUACGUAAUCUUAAACAUCAACAUAUAUUACAACAAUUUCUUGAUGGAAGUAUUUAUAUGAUUGGUUGUACAUCACCAUCAACUGAACAAAAGAAAGCUGAACAUGUUAGAGAAUUAAUUGAUAAUGAAUUAGGAAUUACAACACCAUUUAAUUGUUUAUGGAGUGAAACAAAAGCAUAUUUUUAUAUUGAAGAUUGUACUGAUAUUGUUCUUGGUUAUUGUCUUGCACAUAUUGUUCAUCGAGUUCAUGUACUUGAUUUAAAUGAUGAAUCAAAUAUUGAUACACAAACUGAAAUGAAUAAAAUGCUUUGUGGCAUAGCUCGUAUAUGGUCACAUCCUGAUCAUCGUCGAGCUCGUAUUGCAACAAAAUUACUUGAUUGUGUUCGAACAAAUUUUUUCUUUGGUAUUGUUAUUAAACGUGCUGAUUUGGCUUUUUCGGCACCGACCGAUGAUGGACAUAAACAAGUAGAUCGUCAAUAUAGAAUGAUGGAAUCAAGUUUGACGUCAAGUUUUCUUAAAAUUGGUGAUACAGUAGCUUUAUACGCUGAAGGUACUGUUUGUGGCUUUAUAAGUACACUUGGACUUGUUGAUGAUCGUUGUGUUGUUCAGCCUGAUGCUGGUGAUUUACAAAAACCACCAAAAAAAUUUCGAGAUUGUCUUUUUCGUAUAUGUCCCAGUCAUCGUUACAGUGCUCAAGCUCAAUAUUGGAAUGCAUUGAAAAAUUCUAGUAAUAUUCGAGAUAUAAAAAAAUUACAAAUAGCUGCUGAUACAGAAAAACGUCAAAAUGAAGCUGAAAGUCGAAAACAAACUGGAACAAUUAUUAAAUAUGGUGAUACUGUUGUACAAUUACUUCAUAUAAAAAGUAAUAAAUAUAUAACUGUUAAUAAACGUUUACCAGCUAUUUUGGAAAAAAAUGCAAUGCGUGUUUCAUUGGAUGUUAGUGGUACAGAAGGUUCAUGGUUUCAAAUUGAACCUUAUUAUAAACUUCGUGCAAAAGGAGAACGAGUCGUUGUUGGUGAUAAAGUCGUUCUUAUGCCUUAUAGUGGUGGACAACCAUUACAUGUCAGUGAAUUAGAAUUACCUGAUAAUCCUGGUUCAAAAGAAGCUAAUUCUCAUCUUCAAACAAGUUGGAAAAUUGUUUUAUUUAUGUCUUGCCAUGAAGCAACAAAUGAAGUAUUAAAAAGUGGUGAUAUUGUACGUUUAUUUCAUGCUGAACAAGAAAAAUUUUUAACCUGUGAUAAUUAUCGAAAAAAAACUGUUGUCUUUUUACGUGCAACUGGUCGUGCAUCAGCAACAUCAGCAACAUCAUCAAAUGCUUUAUGGGAAAUUGAAGUUGUACAACAAGAUCCAUGUCGUGGUGGUAUUGGUCAUUGGAGUUCAUUAUUUCGUUUUAAACAUUUAGCUACAGGACAAUAUCUUGCUGCUGAAGUUGAUAAUGAUCAAACAUUUGAUGCAACACGACAAAAAUUACGUGGAGCAACAAGUACACCUGUAUUUGCACUUAUACCUAUUCCACAUGCAUAUGAUAUAUCAUCUUUAUUUGAACUUGAUCCAACAACAAUAACACGUGAUGAAGAUCCUGUAGCAUGGGGUUCAUAUGUACGUUUACAACAUAUAUGUACAAAUACAUGGAUACAUUCAACAAAUAUUAAAUUAGAUCCUGAUGAUGAUAAUGUACGUUUUAAAAUUGGUUGUGCUUUAAUGAAAGAAGAUAAAGAAGCAUUUCAAAUUGUACAUGUUUCACCAGAUGAAGUACGAGAUUUAGAUUUUGCUAAUGAUGCUGCACAGUAUUUGGAUACAACUGCAUCAAAAUGGGAAAAACAUGGAAUUAUAAAUGCACAUGCUAAUGAAAGAAAGCAAACGAUGUUAUUAUUAAGUGAUAUAGUUUAUUUUCUUGCUUGUCAAGUAAAUAAUGGAAGUGAUGCAUUUGAUGUUCAAAUUUCAAAACCGAAUCGUGAAAGACAAAAAUUAAUUCGCGAACAAAAUAUUCUCAAACAAUUAUUUCGAAUACUUCGAGUAUUAAAACCACGUUUAGAAUUGGAGCGAUCAAAUACAAAAUCAAUAAAAGUUUCAGAUUAUUCUUCUACAAAUUCUACUCCAAUGUUAAAUAAUGAACAAUUUAUUUCAUCUUCACAUCAACAAGAUGUUGAUGCACGUCAUUCAACAAUAACACAUCAAAUAAAAACAAUUUGUCGUCUUUGUUAUCGAAUACUUAAACAUUGUCAACAAGAAUAUCGAAAAAAUCAAGAAACUAUUGCAAAAGAAUUUUCAUUUAUGCAAUCUCAAAUUGGUUAUGAUAUAUUAGCUGAAGAUACUAUAACAGCAUUAUUACAUAAUAAUAAAAAAUUAUUAGAAAAACAUAUAACAGAAAAAGAAAUUGAUACAUUUGUUAGAUUAUUAAGAGAAAAACGAGAUUGCAAAUUUCUUGAAUAUUUAUCAGAUUUAUGUGUAUCAAGUAAUCAAGCUAUAGCACGAACACAAGAAAUGAUAUGUAAAUCAGUAUUAGAAAAAAAUUCUGAUAUUUUAAUACGAACAAAACUUGAAAUAAGAUCCUGUGUUGAAGAUAUGAUUUUAGAUGAUAAUACAAGUUCACCAAUUGGUUUAUCAAGUCAAAAUAUGUUACAAGAAGUUCGAUUAUCAUGGGAUGGAAAAUCAGAAUCAAUUGAAUAUAUGGCUGGUGUUGUAAGAGAUCAACCUUCACAUAAAAGACGAGAAGAAUUUAAAAAUAUGCUUGAAUAUUAUAGAGAUCAAUUAAAUUUAUUUUCUCAUAUGUGUUUCGAUCGACAAUAUUUAGCAAUUGAUAAUUUGUCAAUAGAAUUAACAAUUGAACUUAUUCUAACAUGUAUAAAAAGUGAAAAUCUUCCAUCAGAUUUACGUGCAGCAUUUUGUCGUCUAAUGAUUCAUAUACAUGUUAAUCGUGAUCCACAAGAAGAAGUAACACGUAUAAAAUAUGCACGAUUAUGGAAUCAAGUUAAAUCAACUAUAUCUUUAAAUGAUUAUGAUCAAACCAUCAAUGGUUCACUUGAACCAACAGAAAAAAAUGAAAAUCGAGUAAAAUUUGAAUCAACAAUGAAAUUUGUUGAAGAUUAUCUUAAUACAGUUGUUCAACAACCAAAUUCAUUUGCUGAUAGAGAACAAAAUAAAUUAACACAUGAAGUUGUUAAUUUAGCUCGGCGUUUAAUUUUCUUCGGUUUUUAUAGUUUUGAAGAUUUACUUAAACUAACAAAAACACUUCUUGGUAUAUUAGAUACAAGUAAAAUUAUAGAUAGAAAUAUAAUUAAUCCACAUUCAGAAAAAAAUCCAACAAGUGUUAUAUCAAAUCCAAAAUCAUCAAAAUAUGACUCUAUCUUUGCUCCAAUUUUAUUUACUGUAACAGAUACAACUACAGAACAACCAACUGAGACAAUUGAUGAUUUAGCUUAUAAAACAAAAAUGAAUAUUAUUGCAAUUCUUGAAUUUAUUCUUGAUAUUCGACUUGAUUUUCGUAUUUCUCGUCUUAUUUCCAUGUUUAAACAAAAAUUUGAUCAUCUCGAAUCAAUAUCAAAUUUACUUCAAAUAACUGAUAUUGAAUGUAUAUUUGAUUCUAAUGAACCAAAUCUUGAUUUAGAUGAUGCAAAAGGCAAAACAUUUCUUAAAGUUUUACUUAAUCUAAUUAUGCAUGAUUAUCAACCAUUAGUAUCACGUGCUUUAUCAUUACUUUUUCGACAUUUUAAUCAACGUAAAGAAACAUUACAACAUUUAAAUCAAGUACAAUUACUUGUUAGUGAAACUGAUGUUGAAAAUUAUAAACAAAUCAAACGAGAUUUAGAUCAAUUAAGAUUAUUUGUUGAAAAAUCAGAAUUAUGGGUUUAUAAAAAAUUAAAAGAUGGAACAGUAACAACGGCAAAUGAAAUUGAAAUUAAUAUUGAACAAGAAGAUAGAAAAAAUGACGAAUUACAAAUAAAGAAAUUCGCAAAUUCCUCUGGUUUAACUGAUACAGAAUGGGAUAAUGGUGGUCCGAUUAUCAAUGAAGAAUCAGCUUAUCGAUAUACAUCGAUUUUUCAGAUUCUUUGUCGAAUGAUGAAAUUAUGUGUUGUUGAAAGUAAUGAUGGUACUUUAUAUGCACGUGAAAAUGAACAACGUUUAUUAAGAAAUAUGGGUGUACAUGUUGUUGUACUUGAUUUAUUAAAAAUUCCAUAUGAUAAACUGGAAGAUACUCGAAUGAAUCAUAUCAUGAAAUUAGCUCAUAAUCUUUUACAAUAUUUUUGUUAUGAAAAUCCAACAAAUCAAACGAAAUUAUAUGAUUUAUAUUUUAGUGAUUAUGCACAAAUAUCUGAGGAACAAGAAGUAGAAACAUGCUGUUAUAUAUUUCUGAAUAAUAUUCAAUUAUGUAAAACAAUAACUGAAAAACAUAUUCAACAUUUUGUUCAUUUAAUUGAAUUACAUGGACGAAAAUUUAUAUAUAUAAAAUUUCUUCAAACAAUUGUUAAAGCAGAAAAUCAAUAUAUUAAAAAUUGUCAAGAUUUAAUUAUGUCCGAAUUGGUUUCUUCCGAUGAGGUAUUAAUGUUUUAUGAAAAAGGAAGUUUAAAUGAUCUUGUUGAACGUAUGCAAUCAGAAAAUGAACGUACAAAUCCAAAUUCAUUAUUAAAUUAUCAUAUUCAACUUGUUCAUUUAUUGGCAAUGUGUACUGAAGGAAAAAAUGCAUCAACAGAAAUUAAAUGUCAUUCAUUAAUUGGUCUUGAUGAUCUUGUUUUAAUAGUAACAGAUCCAUCUUGUAUUCCUGAAGUUAAAGAUGCUUAUAUUACAUUUUUAAAUCAUUGUUAUAUUGAUACUGAAGUUGAAAUGAAAGAAAUUUAUAAUAGUCAACAUAUUUAUACAUUAAUUGAUAAAUCAUUUUGUCCGGAUAUUGAACACCUCAUAGCAUCACCAAGCGACGAACCCUAUUUAGAAAAAUAUGUUUUAAAUACAGUUACGGAAUUAAUAUAUCAAUUUUUCAAUUCACCUUUUUUUGAACAAUCAUCUGUACAACAAGAUCAUUAUAUGUUUGAUGAUAGUGGAUCAAUUGAGAUCUCACCAUCAACAAUUGUUUCCUCGGAGCAACGCAAUGCAACUCUUGUAACACUUCAUAAUCAGUUACUACGAUUAUAUAGUGUACCAUGGUUAACAACAGUACAACGUGAACGUGUUGAUCGAUGUAUACAUAUAAUAUCAUUAAUUGCUGAUCGACGUGGUCUUAUUCAUUUUUUACGUUCAAAUCAUAGUUCAUUUAGUGAAUCAACAGUACAUUCAGAACGUACAAGUCGUAGUGUAACAGCAGAACAACAAAAUAGUCAUGAUUAUUUAAUGGACGGACAUGAUCAUUCACAAGAUAUUGAACAUAAACGUGUUAUUGAUGGUUUUGUGGCUUUUCUUUCUCAAGUUAGUGUUCGACUUAGUCCAUUAAUUCAAGCAGAAAUAAGUAUACUUAUCGAUGUUAUUCGUGCACCUUAUGCUCUUUUUUCUGAUAAAAAUGAAUGUCGAAUAAAAUUUCUUCUUGGAUCAUUCGUUCAUAAACUAAUUCAACAUGCUAAAUAUUUUCUUAUACAAACAGAUGAAAUUCUAUGUUUACGUAUAAUGCAUGCACUUAAAUCAAUGGUUAAAUGCAAUCAUGAAUUUGAUGCAGUGGGAUUAAGUUUAAGAUUAAAAUUACUUCGACUUUAUUUUUCUGAUGAUUCACAAUAUUUAAAAUCUCUUCAUCAAACAUUAAAAGAAGAAGAUGUUAUUGAACGAUUACGUUUAAUACAAAAUGAAUUAAAUCAACAAGGUGCUAGUGAUCUUGUUGUUGAAUUAUUUAUAAGUCAUUCAUCAAUAAAUAUUCUCGAAGAAAGUAUUCAUUUAGCUAUUGCUUUACUUGAAGGUGGAAAUACUGAAGUUCAAACAAGUAUUUAUCGUCGUUUACAUGAAUGUGAAAUAGCAUCAGAAAAAUUCUUUCAAGUUUUUUAUGAUAAAAUGUAUACAGCACAAAAAAUAUUAAAAAGUACAUCAUCCAUAACAAAUGAUAUUCCUAUAGAUUAUGAUGAUUUUGAUGAUAUUCUAUUUACAUCAAAAUCUAAGCGUAUUUCAUUAAUACCAAAUUCAACAAUAAAUAAUCGACAACUAUCACAUAUAUUAUCAACUGAUGAGAAAGUUAAUAUUGAAUCAUUAUCGAAUCAUCCAUUUGAAUCUCAAAUAAAUACUAAUAAUAAUAUUACUGAAAUACAAUCUCCACAAGUAUUUGAAGCUACAACAUUUACUUAUCAAGCUUCACCACAAUCAUAUCAAAAAAGAAGUUUAACCCCUGAAACAAUUGAUAUUUUUGAUUUUCAGGCUCAAAAUCGUCGUCAUAAGCUUGUAUUUGAAAUUCGUAUAAUGCAACCAAUAUUACGAUUUUUACAAUUACUUUGUGAAAAUCAUAAUCCUGAAUUUCAGAAUUAUCUUCGAGUACAAAAUAAACAUAAAACAAAUUAUAAUCUUGUUUGUGAAACAUUAAAAUUUCUCGAUGCUAUUUGUGGUUCACAAACAGGUUUACUUGGUUUAUUGGGUAAUUAUAUUAAUGAAGAUAAUGUUGAAUUAAUUAAUCAAGCAUUAAUUACAUUAACUGAAUAUUGUCAAGGACCAUGUCAUGAUAAUCAAGAUGCAAUUGUUAAUCAUGAAUCAAAUGGUAUUGAUAUAAUUAUUGCUAUCGUUUUAAAUGAUAUAACACCAUUGAAUCAAAAAAAUUAUGAUCUUGUACUUGAAUUAAAAGAUAAUGCAUCAAAAUUACUUUUAGCUGUUAUGGAAAGUCGUGAUGAUAGUACAAAUGCAGAACGUAUUCUUCGAAAUAUUACUCCUGUUUCACAAUUACUUGAUGUUGGUUGUCAAAUCUAUGCUCGUGGUAAACAACAAGAUAUUGAAAGUAAAGAAAUUGAAAAUAAUGAAAUAUUACAUGAAGAAGAAAUAAAUGAUAAUGUAAAUAAUGUUGCACAAACUGUUGGUCAUAAUAUGUAUAUUCUUACAUAUCAACUUGCUCGUCAUAAUCGUGAACUUGAAAGUUUAAUGAAACAACGAACAUUAAAUGAUGAAGCAUUAUCUUAUUAUCAUAAACAUACAGCUGAAAUAGAAAUUAUUCGACAUGAUCGAUCAAUAGAACCAAUUGUAUUUCCUGUUCCACAAUUAUGUGAAUUUUUAACAAAUGAAAAAAAACAAAAAGUUUUUUUAACAUGUGAACAAGAUGAACAAGGUUCUAAAGUAAAAGAUUUUUUUGAAAAAUUUUCUGAAAUAUUCGAAGAAAUGAAAUGGCAAAGAAAAUUACGUCAUCAACCAACAUUAUAUUGGUUUUCAUCACAAAUGUCAUUAUGGAGUGAUAUUGCAUUUAAUUUUGCUGUUUUAAUUAAUAUUCUUGUUGCUGUUUUUUAUCCAUUUAAUAAAGGUCUUAAAGAUCUUGAUUCUCGUGCUUCAGCAGCUAUAUGGAGUGCAUUAUUAAUAACUUUAAUUGCUAUUUUAUUUAAACCAAAUAAAACAUCAAUGCGUAUGUUUUUUGUUGCGGGUAUUUUAAGAUCAAUUUAUUCAGUUGGUCUUGGACCAACUUUAUGGUUAAUGGGAGCCAUACAAGUAUUAAAUAAAGGAAUAUUUUUAGUUAGUUUUAUGGGAAAUAAUGGAACAUUUUCAAAAUCACGUUAUGAAAAUUUAACUAAUUUUCAACUUGUUUAUCAUGUUGGAUAUCUAGGACUUUGUAUACUUGGAUUAUGUGCUCAUGAAUUUUUCUAUAGUUUAUUAUUGCUUGAUGUUGUCUAUCGUGAAGAUACUUUGUGGAAUGUUAUUCAAUGUGUUGUACGCAAUGCUAAAUCCGUUAUAUUAACAGCUGUAUUUGCAGUCAUUAUAAUUUAUUUAUUUGCUAUAUGUGGUUAUUUAUUUAUCCAAGAUGAUUUUCUUAUGGAAGUACAAGAGAAACCACUUUCAAUAGAAAAUCAUAGUUUACUUGAUAUAAUUUUUCGAGAUUCAACAUUAUUUCAAGUUACACAAUCAGUAACACGAAAUGGAAAAUCAAUAAUGUUAACAAUGACAUUAGCUCUUAUACUUAUAUAUCAUUUUUCUAUUUUGGGUUUUCUAUUUUUUCGUAAUGAUUUUUUAACAAAUAUUCAAUUAAGAAAAAAUUCUAUUCAAUAUCAACGUUCAAGUCAUUCACAUAAAACAACGAUUUUGACGCCUUCAAUCAUUCCAACUACUCAUGAUAAUGGAUAUUGUACAAAAGAUAAUUGUACUAAUAAUACAAUAACAGGUCAUAUUCGUAAUGUUACUCAAGCAUCGACUAUUUUAUCAGAAGAAGUAGGAAAUGAAGAACUUGAACGUGCUUGUGAUACAUUAUUUAUGUGUAUUGUAACAACACUCAAUAAAGGAUUACGAAAUGGUGGUGGUAUUGGCGAUGUAUUAAGACAACCUUCUAGUCGCGAACCACUAUAUUUCUUUCGUGUUAUAUAUGAUAUGAUGUUCUUUUUUAUUGUUAUAAUUAUAACUUUAAAUUUAAUUUUCGGUGUUAUUAUUGAUAAUUUUGCUGAUUUACGUACAGAAAAACAAAGAAAUGAUGAAAUACUUCGUAAUACAUGUUUUAUUUGUGGACUUGAUCGUAAAUCAUUUGAUAAUAAACAUGUAACAUUUGAAGAUCAUAUACGUAAAGUUCAUAAUAUGUGGAAUUAUGUUUAUUUUAUGGUUUUAAUUCAUGUCAAAGAUCCAACAGAAUAUACAGGUCCUGAAAGUUAUGUUCAUGAAAUGAUCGAACAAAGAAAUCUUGAUUGGUUUCCACGAAUGCGAACAAGUAGUUUAGAUACUCAAGAAGAUAAAACUAAAGAAGAACAAGAUAAUCGAAUAUUACGAGUUCAAAUGGAAAAUGCAAAUGAAGCAAUAAAAACAUUAACAAUGGAAUUAACUGAAUUACAAAAACUAGUAACAGAAUCUCGAGCACAAAAGCAUCGUAUGAAUUUUCUACCAAAUUCGUCAUUACCAACGCCUUUAAAUCCAUGA